CUACUAGCAGAGAGGUUGGGACUUGAUCGUCAUGACCGCUGAAACAGUUAUAGUUCUGUUAAUGACGGUGUUAUUUUCAAUAGCCAAAGUGAGUGGUGUCGACCGAAAUGUCCGAGAUACAACAUUUUCCGGAUUUGCGUUUGAGCAGAUAAUUACGAAGCUAGAACAUUUGCAAGACAAGUUGAACGAAAUGGAAGCUGCCAUGAAGCAUAAUCGAGAAAAGCAAUUCUGGCUUGGGCUGGAGUAUUUGCAUCACGUGACGUCAGCACGAAAGCACGAGUUGCUGGUGGAGCUGAAGGACUUCGAUGGCAACUACAUUUGCGCACGGUAUGAUGAGUUCGCGAUCGGGAGUGAGGAGGAUCAAUAUGCGUUAACGAAGCUGGGAUCGUACACAGGAACGGCCAAUGACUCCUUGAUAGCCCACAAGGGCAUGAAGUUCUCGGCGAAGGAUCGGGACAAUGAUAUAUGGCCAGUUGGAAACUGUGCUAUCAAUUAUAAAGGAGCAUGGUGGCACAAACGAUGCUACGAUUCAAAUCUUAAUGGUCUCUUUAGGAAUAGUGUGAAUGCGGAAAAUAUUGUUUGGGCCAAGUACAUACUAAGAUUAGGAUGGGCAUUCUCAAGAAUGUCGAUUCGCGAGACAUAAUGAUAGAUCAUUUUCAUCAAAUUUAAAAAAAGAGGGUGGAGGGGGGGGGAUAUGUGGUACAAUUGCGAACUCGCACAACAUUGCGACUUUCCCAAACUAGAUCAAAGCGGUUGUCAAAAAUUACACAAAAAGAAGGGUUUCUCGGAUUUUUUUAGCAUAUUUUGCCAUAUUGUUCACACUAGUGAGCAUGACACUCAUGAAUUUAAUUAAAGCAAGUGUUGUAUCUUAGCAAAAUCGAAUAUCGUAUCUGUUCUAACUAUCCGGUGGAACUCAAUAAGCCUCUGCGGUGAUCGUUACGUCAUUAAGAAGGAGAAGAAAAAAUGAAACACAAAAACCAACUCCAAGGACAAAUAAUUUUACACCAGGGAACGGCAAACUUUGCGACCAAAAGCCAAUUUCUACAAAAAUGGAAUGUAGAAUUCCAUGUGAAGAGCUAAAUAGAGAAGCCAAGAAUAAAAAUGUGUGAAAUUUCUAUGAAAUAUAUAAAGCGUAAUCUUCCUGUCAAAAGAUUAUAAGUUUGUAUGGCUGAAAUGCAGUUUACGCUUCGUGUGACUUCCACGUCACACAUAAUUAGUGUGACAUUAGAGUGAUUUUGUCACACAUAGUUGUGAUUAUUACAUUAGAGCAAUAAUAAGUGUCUGACUUGCAUUAAUUUCCCUGGCAUUCGUUUUCAACAACGUUGUCGGUUGUUUCGUUAUGAGCGCAAAGACAAUUUUUGUUCAUCAUUGGUAGCUAAUGUAAGAUUGACAAAUGGCACGGCGAUACGAUGGCAUAUUUCCCAUUACUAUAUACACUGCAACACUUGCUUGAUCGUGUACGUUCUGCAUGGGAGUGAUAAGCUCUAACGACCGAGAGAGAAACGGUCAUUGAUCUAAGACAGGGGUCUCCAAACUUUUCAGUUUGCGGGCCGCAUUGCUUCACAAAUAACAUUGUUAAGGACCAUUUUGACGUUAACUUCAGAACGAUUGUAAGUUCAAAUCUUGUUUUGUUUAGAAAAUACGAACAGAAUAAAUCA